CAGAGGCUAAAUGCUCCUCUCACCUGUUGGGAUCAGCAGCCCCUCUGUCAGAUCCAGCCCAGGCGGAUAGAACCACCAGCCCUGACGAGGACGCGCACAGGGGGUGGGUGGGAGCGCGCACCGGAGCCGGUGACUCUCCUCCUCAUAAGAAGCUGGAGACAGACCCGAUGCUCCACAUCCCGGGGUGUACGGAGAGAGGACUACAGAGGUGGUAGUGCUGCUGCUGGUGCUGCGUUUACGGUCCCAUCCCCGCCGUCAGUCCGCGUCCAUAUGAGUGAGCAGACACUGAAACUGUAAACACCGACGGAAAACAAGAAAACAACAAACUAACGCACGGCAGGUGGCGUUGUGUUGCACAGACCAUGGCUCUCCCCUGGAGUCUGCCCCUGGCGUUUCUGUUCGCCACCCUGGCACUGACACACAGCACUGAUCCAGGAGCUGCCCACGGCAAGAGGAGACAGGCCCAGACCUCAGCAGGCGGCAGCAACACCCUGCAGUACCCUCUGCAAGGUCUGCAGGGCCACGGCUACAGCAGGGACCACAGAGGGCACGAGCGCCAGGGGGCACGAGCCGCCAAAGGGGGCGCCGGUCUGCUCUCCCACAGGCCCCUGCACCCCCUGGCGAGACCCGAGGAUGACGGGACAGGCCUGGAGGGGCUGAGUCCGGUGAGACUGGAGAUGGGCCCGGUUAGGGACAGAGACAGAGUUCGAAUGAGUAUGAAGAACCCGUCCCAGGCCCGGGAUAAUUACCUUCUGGGGACGCGUAAGGGCAGAGGGCACGGCCAUGGGAAUGGACAAGGCCAGCACCUAGAGCCCAGGAGACCAGGGGGUCGACGGGACAAAAUACGGCACGGAAAAGGGUUUCCUCCAGGGUCUGAGUUCAGUUCUGCGUUGAAGGACAGAGAUCUGUUUGAGGACCCUCCCUCCUCCUCCUCCUCUGCCAUCCCCCCCUCCCUCAGCGUAUCCCCGCCCAGCGAACCCCCCUCCCCCAUCGCAUCAGUCUUUGGCUCUGGCUCCUCCAUGGUUACCACGGUGAUGAACGAGCAUCCCCCAACGCUGCCCCCGGCCUCCACCAAACCCCAGAGGUCUGGACGAGGGAAAGGACAAGGAGAGGUCAUGCCAACGUUGGACAUGGCACUUUUUGAUUGGACGGACUACGAGGACAUGAAACCUGUGGACACGUGGCCAUCUUCAAAGAAAAAAGACAAGAGACGGAGUAAAAACCUGAGCAGUGGAAAUGUGACCGCAGAUGCCGACUCCAUCGAGCCGUGCGACCACCACCUGGACUGUCUCCCAGGUUCCUGUUGUGACCUGAGGCAACAUGAGUGUAAAGCGCACAAUCGAGGCCUCAACAACAAAUGCUACGAUGACUGCAUGUGUGAGGAAGGGUUUCGAUGUUAUGCUAAAUUCCACCGGAAGCGGCGCGUGACCAGGAGGAGGGGUCGCUGCGUGGUGCCAGAAUCGGUCAACAGCGACCAAGGAGGCUUCAUCACCAUCUGAGACAGAAGUGGACGACAAAGAAAACUGGAGGAGGAGGAGGACCAGGAAAGACCAUUCUGACAUUAAAAAAAAAAAAAAGAGAGAACAGCCCAGAUCAAUCAUAUGACACUGCUAACAAACCAAGUACCUAAAUGUGACAAUUUGCUGGUUUGAACUUAUUCUUUUUUUUUUUGUAUCUAAAUGUACAGAAGAGGGCCACUAGG